UCCAGCUCAUUCCUCUCAUCCGGGUCCUGAGCGAGAGAGGAUGCAUCCCGGCCUGGCCGCGGGGCUGGUUUUCGGCGGUUGCUGUAGCAACGUGGUCUUCCUGGAGCUCUUGGUCAGGGAAUUUCCAGGAUGUGGGAAUUUAGUGACAUUUGCCCAGUUCUUCUUCAUAGCUGUGGAGGGUUUCAUCUUCGAAGCGAACUUUGGAAGGAAACGGCCUGUUAUCCCAAUCAAGUACUACUUCAUCAUGGUGGCCAUGUUCUUCACAGUCAGUGUGGUGAACAACUAUGCCCUCAACUUGAAUAUUGCAAUGCCGCUGCAUAUGAUAUUUAGAUCUGGAUCUCUGAUCGCCAACAUGGCGCUGGGCAUCAUCAUUCUGAAGAAGAGAUAUACCGCCUCCAAAUACGCCUCCAUAGCUCUUGUAUCCCUAGGAAUCUUCAUUUGCACCUUCAUGUCUGCAAAACAAGUGAGCUCCACCUCGAGUACAAGCAAAGAAGAGGAAGAGGAGAGUCUUUCUGCCUUCCUCUGGUGGUUGUUAGGCAUUGCUGCGUUGACCUUUGCGCUGCUCAUGUCGGCCAGGAUGGGGAUCUUCCAGGAGACCCUGUACAAAAAAUUUGGCAAACACUCCAAGGAAGCCCUUUACUACAAUCACGCACUCCCCAUCCCGGGCUUCCUUCUCCUGGCUCCAGACAUCUACAAACAGGCAUUGCUCUUCAACCAGUCUGAAUUGUUCCCAGUUCCGGUGCUUGGGCUCAGCCUGCCCAUCAUGUGGUUCUACCUCAUAAUGAACGUCAUCACUCAAUACGUCUGCAUCCGAGGGGUCUUCAUCUUGACCACAGAGUGCACCUCCUUGACCGUCACGCUGGUGGUGACCCUGCGGAAGUUUGUCAGCCUCAUCUUCUCCAUCCUGUACUUCAGGAACUCCUUUACUGCCUGGCACUGGGUCGGGACCCUCUUGGUCUUUGUAGGGACUCUAAUCUACACAGAAGUCUGGAACAACUUGGGAGCCACGCUGGAGCAGAAGGGAAAGGCAGACGAGAAGAAGCAGGAGUGACGCAGAACAACGCCCCUCUCUAGGGAGGCUCACGUCUUCCUCUUGGAAAGUGGGACCUUUUCUAACUUGAGGUUGCUUUUUUAUUAUUAUUUCUUAUGGUGCAGCGUGCUGGUGGAUUCCCUUCUCGUGGAAGCGGGGGAAUGAUUUUUGUAAUACAAAAAAUAAUUGGGUUUUGGCUAUGCCAAGCAAGUGGAUAGGCUCCCUUAAAUGGGGAAAUCCUUCAGAAGAAGAAGGUGAUGAGUGGAGGUAACAAAUUGGAAUGGUCUUGAGAUGAAACCUACAACGGUUUAGCUCCCAAGUGGAGAACAUACAGUCCUCCAAGCAUUUUUGACUCCUGAUUUCCUUCGAUCAUUGCCAACUUGACCAACAAAGUAGGAUGAUGGGAAUGGUAGUUCAUUGAUUACCUUGAUACAGUCUUAGCUUGAUAUAACCCUAACCCUAACACUGUGGCUGUUAGGCGUUGUGGGAGUUGGGGGUUAACCUUAACCAGUCCUCUUUUGGUAGAGAAGGCUGAACGUCUUGUAAAACUGUAACUCCUUCAGCCCUGGCAGUUAAAAUGGUGUCAAACUGCAUUCAUUCAACAGUGUAGAUGCACCCCAGGGUUCAUUCUAAAGAGGCAUGGGCCAAAUU